CGCCAUCUUUGAAAAUCAACAACAUUUUCUUGCAAGUUUCGGUGACAAUUUAGCAGAAGUUACUAUCAAAUUCUUUCUAUUAUAGAGCCUCAAAGGAAAUCAUGGCGACAGAAACAGCGUUCAGACCUCAUAUAGAUCAAGAGAAUGCCCAAGCGGUGAAUAUAAAAGGAGGGAAUGUUUCUGGUAAGCGUUUAGUUUCAGGUAAACAUCUCGAUUCAAUCUUCCAGCCUUUCAUCUGUAGUGGCAAAGUUAGUCACUGCUGCGCUGAGAGGGACAAAAUUGCCGGCUGCCGAUUCAUUUUUACUGGGAUGAAUUUAGUUUGAUGUAUCAUUUUCACUCCAUGUGAUAUUUUUCCGCCUAAGAAACAAGGAAAAAAGCAAAACGUUUCGUCGUAGUAGCUCUAUAGCUUUAACUUUUUGUACAUUGUAUUUAGGAAGAAGUUUUGGUAUUGCAAAGUCUUUUCAAUCAAACCACACUUCCUUGGCUACUCCACGACGUGCAUUAGGAGAUGUCCAGAAUACUCUACAAGCAGGAACAACAAAGGCCAGGAAAGGACUUGCAUUAAGACCUAACAAACCUUGUGGGAAAACACCUGGUGCAACAAAGGUCCUCCAAGGCCGCACAGGAACCCCAGCAACCAAAGGCCUACCUUUGUUGCAACAAAUAAGUUCUGCGGGUCUAAAACAAAGCACUAAACAGAAACAUACCUCUCAUGCAAGAACUAAAGAAAAACAGAAAGUGAAGGCCCAACAACAAGAACUUUGUGAAAAGGAAGUGAUGUAUCCAUUUACAGAACAAGGUGGGUGAUUGGACACAUGGCUUAAAAUAAUAGCCAGUCAAUGGACAAUGUCCAGCCAAGGUGACCAUUUUUCCGGACAAACUUUCACUUGGCUGGUCAUUUUGAGCUAUUUCAGUGAUUCUGUUACCUCUGCGUCCUGCAUCCCUGACUCAUAAAAAUCCUCAAAGAUGCAAAAUAAUUCAUGACAUGCGUCCUGUAGGAUGCAAAGAUCAAUCAAUCGAUUUGAAUGUGCAUUUUUGUACAAAUAUUCUGUUCGUGUAAUUUCUGUGGCAGUUACUAUGGCUGUUGUUUAACAAUGCAUAUUUCAUUUAGCCUUUGUUGUGCUUUAAAAUAGAAGGACUAUAUUUUAAUUUCAUUUUACUGUAAAUUUCAGUUUUGGACUUGUUUUUUUAACUGGGACUCGAUGGCUCUGGACUGGGACAGUCGACUCAUGAUUUUUCACAAGCUGAGUCCCAGGACUCGCCACAACUAUUUGUAACAAAAUCACUGUAUUUGAAGAUUAUAGGAGUCCUGCAUUAUAUAUCCAUAAUUCCAGCUACUGACAGCAACCUGUCAAGGCAGACAAUUUACCCAUAGUUUAUGAUGACAAGGCAAUAAUCAUGCCAACUGAGGCUGUCAGUUAUAAUAUUACAGUGGAACCUCGAUAUAACAAAUGACUAAGGGAGUGGCAAUAAAAUUAAUGUUCACUAUAACAAGGUUUCUUGACUUCCCCGCACCCAAAAAAAACUGACAACCAGAAUGCGGUGCGGGAUAAGCAGACAAUUCUUAGCCCAUUUAUUGAACUAACCAACUAAUCACAAAACAAAAACAACUGUUUACACUGUUUAGACACCAAAAAAUCAAACAAACUGUAUACGUUUGAUCUGGCCAAAGUAAAUGAAAAAACAAAACCACUUAUAAUAACUGUCAAUCAUCAGGAAAACACAACUAAAAUCGUUACGAGGAAAUGGAUUACAGGAUUUCAAUCGAAAUAUACAAAAGAACAAAAUUUAACUGUCCGCUUGUAAAAAUCCACAAUGAAACUUGUUUACUGUUCAGCGAAUAUAUACUUGCUACUUUACAUAUCACACUUCCUUCUCAUAAUCUCAUGCCGGCACUUAAAACACACUGCCGACAAAUGCACUGUGCUUGGGAAUUCAAGAAACCAUUUAUCUUUUGUUUCAUUACACUUCGCUGCAUUCAGGCAAAGAUAAAUGAACAAUUUAUUAUAUCAAGGUUGUUUCCCAUAUAUUUUACCAUUAUUGGGGUAAAGAAAAUAGUUUGUUUUACUGGGGACUUUGUUAUAUAGAGGUUUCCAUUUGUUAUAUCAAGGUUCUACUGUACUCUGGAAGAAAUGAUGUUAUUAUUUGAAAGGGCUCACCAGUAGAAUGGUUUACUCUUCCUGACAUAGCAAUAAUUUGGAGUUCUUAGUACUGUGUAACAAUAAUAAUUAUUAAACUCUUUAAUGUUGAAUGACACUCUUGCUAUCAAAUAUACAAAUUGCCCAAUAGCAGGCAUUUAUUUUGUUUUUAUUCUGAUCUAUGCUUUUAUUUUCUUUAGAGGAUGUAUUGCCAAGAUCAAAAUAUGUUUCAACAAUAUUAAAAAAUGUUGGGGCUCUGUAUCAUGGUUGUAUGUUUCAACCUCAUUCUGCCCUUGAUUCUGAGCCUAAAGAGAUUACAGAAACUAAUAUUCACUUUGAAAACGAAAGAAGACCAGCAAAAGGUAAGGACAGAUAAAAUAGUUGCACUAGAAUUUUACAACGAAUUUAACAUUUUUUGUAGAGUUGUGAUAAGAGCUCUAUUAAAAUGGGCUGAUUGGGUGUGAUGUAAACAAUGUUUCAAACAAUUAUUGAAGCUGUCACAAGUUAUAAGCUAAGUUGAUCUAAUUCAAUAUACAAAUAUAGUUUAUUAAUCUGUUGGUUUUAACAAAAUAAGCCAAAGAAUACAAAAGAGUUGGCAAUCUCAUUGCGUUCUAAUUUUCACCUAUCAUUAUGAUGGUGCUUAAAAGGCAGUAACAAAUCCUGGAUCAGACUGCACUGAAUCAACCCCUGUUGCUCACUAGAUGAAAAAAGGUUAGUGAUAGGGUUACAGGUGUUGAUCCAAUCCUGUCCAAUCCAGGUUUGUCAAGAGCCUUGCUUAAAUGCUAAAUCUGCACCUCACUGACUGUAAAUUUUGGCUUAUUAUAUUUUGUUGUUGUUGUUUUCCAGAUUCCUACUUAGAUUCACUUCCAUUUGAAGGAGAACUGGAUUCGUUGACACAAGGCCUAACUACUCUCAGCCUUCCAGAUAUUGAACUGCCACCUGUGGACAUUGAUUCUUUGGGACUUGGCAUAUUUUAGAAAUGAGCAUAUCAGAAUUAGAUGUUAU